AUGUCUCAAUCCACAGCCGACGAGGUUACCUUCGCCUCAGGACGCUACUCCAAACGCAAGAGGACACAAGUCGUUUACUGCCUCGAAGAAUUGGAGGUUGAUGAUUCCGAGUCUGAUUAUGAAACUCCGCAACUGAAGAAGCGCAAAGCUACACGAACCUCUAGGCCUCUCCCCAAGCACAAGACCUUCCCUUUUCUUGAGCUUCCGGCGGAAAUUCGCAACGAGAUAUACCACUACGUCCUUGCAGAUCCCUCGGGCAUCAACCUCGUCUCUGUGAACAAACACAAGCGCCGCACCGUCAAACGCGUGACUGCCAAACUGAUGGAAGACCUAAGAGGUUACAAUGGCUCUGUUGUUAUCAAUUACAAAAUCAAAGCCAACACGGAGGAGCCUGCUGUGCUCGUGCCUUCGCUUCUUGCAGUGAACAAGCAGAUUCUUCACGAAGGCCGUAGCAUUCUGUACUCCAACGAGUUCACCUUCAUGGACACAAGCGCACUCUAUAAUCUCCUAGUUAACCUCGGACCUACUGGAGCGUCGCUCUUGAAGAGGAUCAGACUGCUGGGGUGGGGAGAUGGUCGUGGGACUAAGCCAUACAAUCACGCAUGCUUCGCGGUACUCGUCUGGGCAACCAACCUCUCCAAAGUUUCCAUCGAUACGCAUAUGGGCUAUCAUCGUUCAACGAAAAAGGUUGCUGAGCGGAUCUACCGCGAUGCGUUCCCGUGGCUGGAGGCUGUUGGUAUGGCGCAGGGCAAGGUGGAUGCUGCGGUCGAUAUCCUUGACUUGAGUGAGGACAGUUAUCGAUUCGUGUCGACCAAUAGCGAUGUGGAAGAGGUUACGAAAGAGAUUGGCGACCAUUUGAGGACGAUUCUUGAAGCUCAACGAAAACGGGUGAUGGCGACAGUUGUAACGAAGAAGAGGAAGAGCACGGCUCCAACAGAACUCUGA